UUCUUUCUCACACACAUCUUGCUUCAAAUAUACACCAUAAAAUCUUGAUUAGUCUUUGCUAAACCAUUUCCAUUUGAUUUAAAUAAGCUAAGCCAACCGAUUUUGUUCUCAUUUUUACUUUUGCCUUUUAACAGAAUGAUCAACUGGAAGUUCUUCAUCUUUGCCCUCAUUGACAUCCAAUUCUCAUUGGCAAUGAAGGCUUUUCACGGAGCCUGUCCCGUCAACAUGACGGCUGUGGGGGACUUCGAUAUGGAUCGCUUUAUAGGAAAAUGGUACACCCACUCCAUAUAUCCACCUGUCUCAUCGAAAAUAGCAAGAUGUCAGUCGACGGAAUUCAUACGAGAUGACGAACAUAAAUACCGAGUUAAGGCCCGCGAACUCAGUGGCCAAACUGAUACAGUAAGGGUGAGAAAGGCACAAAUUUUGAAAGUAGAGUCAAACUUUGGAAGGUAUAUUUUGGGCACAAAGAAUGCAGCUUUUCCUGAGGGAGUUCUGCUUUAUGUUCUGGACACUGACUAUACUACCUUUGCCAUACGAUUUAUGUGCUUUGAUGCCAGCCAUAUUUUCAGUUUUCAUUGGGCUGCCAUCCAAACCCGAAAACGUUUGCCCAGUACAGAUGUUGUGUAUAUGGCUCAGUAUUAUGCCAAACAGGCUGGCCUCGUUAUAAGUGACAUGAGCAAAGUGCCCCAGGAGUCGUGUCCUCCAGAUACUUAAAUAUUUUUAGCUUUGUUUUAACUUAAAAAAUGAAAUAUAAAACACAAACUAA